AUGGACGCCUACUCCGGCUACAACCAAAUCAUGAUGCAUGAAGACGAUAAGGCAAACACCUCCUUCAUCAUCGAAAGAGGUACAUACUGCUACAAAGUCAUGCCCUUUGGGUUGAAGAACGCCGGAUCAACCUACCAAAGGCUGGUGAACAAAAUAUUCAAUGAGCAAAUUGGCAAGACUAUGGAGGUCUACGUAGAUGACAUGCUAGUCAAAGCUCCCGAGCGAGCAGACCACAUCGAGAACCUUGCCGAAUACAACAUGAAGUCGAACCCAAACAAGUGCACAUUUGGAGUCUCGUUCGACCGAUUCAUUGGAUACUUAGUCACCCAAAGAGGAAUUGAGGCACAUCCAAAUCAAAUCAAGGCUAUGCUCAACAUGAAGUCACCUACCACAACAAAGGAAAUACAAAGUCUAACGAGUAGGGCAGCAGCUCUUAACCGUUUCCUUUCAAGAUCUACCGACAAGUGCAUGCCAUUUUUCAAAGCCUUGAAGAAGGGACACAAAGACAAGUGGGAUGACGAGUGUGAAGUAGCUUUUCAAAACUUGAAAACUUACCUCAGUUCACCUCUAUUACUCUCAAAAUUGAUACCAGGCGAAGACUUGUACAUCUACUUGGCGGUGUCCGACUCAGCUGUCAGCUCAGCUCUCAUCCGAGAAGAGCUUGGGGCACAACAUCCGCAGUUGCAUGUAGAUGUAGCAUCAAAUCACAAAGGAGCGGGAGCAAUAGUCGUCAUAAUCACCCCAGACGGAACCUUGUUGGAACAAGCUAUCACACUAGGCUUUUCUGCUUCAAACAACGAGGCAGAAUAUGAGGCCAUUUCUUGCAGGACUGCGCCUAGCGAAAGAACUAUCGAUCAAGAGAUUGGCCAUGUACUUAGACUCUCAGCUGAUCACGAAUCAAGCCUCAGGCGAGUACAUGGGAAAGCACCCAAGAAUGGUCCAGUACCUCGAUAA